GCUCUUUCAUUCCAGGUUUCUUCUGCAUUGUCCAUCGCGACAUCAGACGCAUAGUCUCUGUUGCUAGGGAGGUGUCUUCAUAGCUGACGGAAAUCCAGUGGGGCGACCCAGCUGUUUGUGUCAUCUUCUUCUCAGCAGACAAAUUCUCGGAAAAAGAAUAAGUCUUGUAGAUAUACCGGAAGCUUCUCGACAAUAGGCUGCACUGCUCUUGCUGUGUCAAGGUAAGCUAGCCCUGGUGAGUAUCCAUCUCUUUUUGUAACAUCCAACUUGAUCAAUAUGUCUGCCAGCUCUUUAAGUUUUUUCCUGUCUCUGUUAUGGAUCCUGGGGAAGUCCUCUAUUUUAGUAAAAAGGGCUCUCUAUAUGACCUCUGGAGAUUUUAAUCUCUCCCAAAUUGUUUGAAGAGGAAGGUUCCCCGACAGACUUGUGCCUGAUCACUGGAAUCCUUUCCCAUUUUAUCAGCAAAUCCAUCUAUUCACCUGCUGACAUCUCAAGGUUUUUAAUUGUGUUGAUGAAGGUCUCUCUCCAAGCUCGGUAGGGUCAUCAAAUCUUCCUUAUCCUCUUAUAGGUGCCUGUGUGAAAUGAUGCAGGGCAUGAUCGCUGACAGAAUCAUGCGUUCUUUUAAGUGCACUCUCUUGAAUGGGCAGGAAAGUUCUUUGUUAAGGUCAGAUCCAUCCAUAUCUGCAGCUGCAUUCUCCAGCACCACAGCUUCUGCGUGAGCAGCCUCCGCUUCUCCUUGUAGAUUGAUGUAGUCAAUUCUGUCUUCCAGCUUAGUGCUCUCAAGUUAGAGUUCACUCUUCUUUUCUGUGAAGGCCAGCCUGGUUUUAUUUGCCUCUGCUUUAGCCCGGGCUAGAGCUAGUCGAUGAGUGUGAAGAGCGUGAUUUUACAGAGUCAUGGUGUGAGAAGGUUGUACCUGUUUUGACUCAAUCUCGCGAGUAGUUUGCUGUGCAUUCAUUUGGAGCUUUGACUGACUUGGCUCUAGUUUCCAUGGUGAUGGAGUGCAGAGUAGCUUGUCUUUCUUAAAAUCCACUUUAAAGUCCCACGGAAGGUGGUCAUCCUUUUACUGUGCUGUCCUUGCUAAAAGUUGUUUGAAGAAAACUGUAUUGGUUCCAAUACAGUGACCUUAGAUUGCACAACCACGACUACUGCAAGAUGUCAUCCGAGGAGCGCUUGCAACUGCCACUCAACUUCUACAUCACCAUCCUGGGCAUCGGCCUCUUCAUCCUAAUACUCACCUUCAUCUUCUGCUGCUACAUGUUCAGACUCAGACGACAAGGAGCUGGAGAACAGUAUGGUUACAACGAGGUGGUUUUGAAAAGAGCGGGCAAGAAGCUGAGCCUAAUUGGUCAAACGUGUGCAGUGUGCUUGGAGGAGUUUGGCAGCAGGGAUGAGCUCGGCGUGUGCCCUUGCUCCCAUUCUUUUCACAAGAAGUGUCUGCUGAAAUGGUUGGAGAUCCGCAAUGUCUGCCCCAUGUGCAACAAACCCAUUUGCCGCCUACGGCCUGACCCGCCUUCAGUACCUGAACCGUUCCAGGAUCUCCUGGUGCUCUGAGAUGAAAACAGCAGCACUCUCUCCAGUCAGUUCACCUCUGUCACCAUAGACCAGUGCAGAAAUGCAGACAUCCUUUUGAGCAAGGCUGCUCCGGAAGUUGAAAUGAUAUGAUUUGUCCGAGUUAAACCGUAAGUGCAGAGCUAAAGAGCCUUUACCUGGCAAAUUAAAUAGGGAGUCGGUAUAAUAACACAUCAAGCCCAGAUACUGCUAUGUUUAGAUGGUACAGCUAAGUGCCUUAGAACUUCAGAUCGAUGGUAGACAACACCCGUCUCUUUGGCAGCUUUGGCACACAAUGAUUCACACGUGUAUGUAAGCCCAUUUUACUCCUCACUAUGGAUGGUUUAUUUAGAAACUAAUGGCUGAAGAAGUGUGAGCAAUUGACCUAAAGUGUUUGGCUCCACUUAAGGCAGGGAUAUGGGGGAACAAGCACAAGUAAGCUAGAUGAAAAAUGAUCCAGUGAUGGUGGUGCAUGGCGUAGAGAGGGUUUGCUGGGAACCGCAGGUCGGUUGUUUGAUUCUUGGUGGCCCAAUGUGCCACGUUAAAGUGUCCUUGAGCAAGAUAACCAACUCCUAAUUGCUCCCUGGGAAAAAUGUAAAAUCCUUGUGUUUAAAAUGCAACGUACUGUACAUGCUGAACUUCGACAAUUCACAUUUUUUCAGUUUAUCUUGGUAUCAAAACCAGUCCUACUAUUAGUUUUUUUUAAUCAGCUUCUGUUUAAUCAGUCCUGUAGAAUAGUGUGGCUAGCUCUACCCACUAAAGUUUAAUUGGAUGAUAGAGGAGAAACUACAAAAAAAGGAAAGCACCACUUUUGCAAUCUGCAUGAACAUCGUGGCAUCCGAUUCCUGGUUUGUUCGGAGAGGGACAACUUCUCUGUGUCUUCAACAAUCGUAGCCGCUCCCCUCGGCAUGUGAAAUGUCGCUGCCGUUACUCAACUGGAGAGACUUCGGAUGACCAACAUGUUUUCACUUUUGGCAUGCAGCGCCACGUGAACGGCAUGUGUCUUCGUAUGUCCGCCAGCACAUUGAAGAGCCUGGAACUUGGAAUUAUGUAAUGCAACAAAAAAAAAACUCACUACUGCCCCAAUUAUGAGAACAAAGGUGAAAUCUGUUAUGAAAGACAUUCCUUCAAUGAGAACUUUUGACAAAUACUGAGAAAUUGUUUUUCAUCAUAACUGGCUUCCAGUAAAAGGGUAUUGUGUCAGUCAUAUUAUCAUAUGUGAAAAGCUGGAUGUAAUUGUAGCCUGUGGCACAGAUGAGCUCUGUACUUUAGUGAUAUAAAUAGACGCACUGCACUGAUAUGAAGAGCAUGUCUGAGCUGGUUUCCUUUGAGUGACGUGCACCAUUCACUCCAUCAUUCUCUGUAUGCACUGCGUAAUGUACUAUUAUGAGUACUAUGUAAGUGGUAAAUGCUUUUCAAUUUUCUAAAAAACAUAAGUGUUAGCUGUGUUUUGAUAUGGUCAUCUGGAUCUAAAGUUUUCUUUCUAGUUUUGCCACAUGUUGACACUAAAUAGUGAUUAUUUGUAACCUGUUGUUUUAAUAUUUAUGGGAAGGUCAUCCCAUUGUUCGGUUGGUGCUCUUUUUUGGGGGUUUAAUUGGUCGGUCUUACUGUGUGUGUGUGUGUGUGUGUGUGUGUGUGUGUGUGUGUGUGUGUGUGUUUGUGUGUGUGUGUGUGUGUGCGUGUGCAAGUGACGGAAAGAUUUCCUCAGAUACGGUGCCAAUUCCUAAAUUAUCCUAUCCUAUCCACCAUCCUAAAUCAUGUUUUACUGAGGACUGGAUCCUUAGAGCCAUCUGUAACAAUACAUUCUUCCUGAAGAUACAGUAUAUUGAGUAGAGGUUCUGAGAGAAAGCAGAUGAAUACUUAGUUCAAGUCAUCUUGUCAAAGACCAGAUAUCCCUACCAGCUGUUUAUGAGGUGGAUUUAUCCUCCCUGUAAAUUCCCAGUAAUCACAGAGCUGUAUUCGCCACUUAAUUUAAUCCACUAGUGAAUUCUUAAUUCAUCCCACCUAAUUCUCAAUAAGGUUUCCCAAGGUUCCAAAUACAACAAAAUGAAGUGCUGAUAGCGUUUAUAGUCUAUUGUGGAGUUCUGUAUGUUUUCACCACAAGAACUAAACACAAAGUUUGUAUGCGGUUAUGGAGAUUCACAUCACUGAAAAUGUACCACACACACAGACAAAUCAAGAUGAGCAGUGGUGGUAUUUACAGAGUCAUGAUAAGGUUUUCGAGGGUGCUGAUCUUCUGUUAUUAAUAUUGAUGAACCGUAAGAUUUGCUGAGACAAUUAAGAGGUGGGAAUCCAAAAUGCAGCAGUGCAGAUGGCAGCGGGGAGUUCUGCAUUCCCACAGACAUCCGUUUGCAGAUAAAAAGCAGUCCACACUCCAACCUUGCAGAGAAAUCUCUCGAAAAGUAAAUGUUCAGUCAUUAAGGGGUGUCCCUGUCAUUGCUACCGCUACAUCUGAAUGCAUUCACACAGAUUAGUUAUAAGAGUAUGCUUGGGAGAAGGUGGAGGUGGUUUGCCCACAUCAAUAUAUCUGCACCAAAUGAAAAAAUGUACCGUAAAACAUUAAGCACAUACUGUCUCAAAAUGCAUCUGGUUGCAGCCAAAUCAAUUAAAAACUGCAGUUUUCAGUGCCAAGAAAUCGAGCAGAAACGGAACAUUUUUGAGCCAAUAACCUGCAAUAACACGAGGAUUAGUUUCAGAAGCUGGAGCAUGAAAUCCACUGUAACGCCUGAGAUAGUGGUGGGUUUCCCAUCUCGCAUAAGCAAAAGGAUGUAAACUGUGUCCUGAAGGAAUGACUGCUGCUUUGACACGUUGCUGGCGUUAGGCAUUAGGGGAUGUCAGUGCAACAUUUAACACUAAAUUCACUGGAACUUCCAGCUGGAAAGAGGUCUGUAGGUCAGUAAAUAUUGUUUGGUUUUUGUUGGUCGAAGAUUUUGUCCACCCGUGAAUAAACAAAUUUUAAAAAUACAUGUAU